AUGGCCUCCACUGCCGAACAACCCAAAACGCAUGACUUCGCCGGCGAUGAGCACCAGCACCAUGAAUUCUCUCCCAUUUUAAGCCCGGAAGCCCUAGCCAAAAUACCGACAGAGCAUUCCACGACGUCAAACGGCGCGGUUUCCCACAAGACUUCCUCAACCCUCCGAAAAACACGCUCAGCACUCGGCCUGCAUCCCGACGCACCAAUUGCCGAAGAGGAUGAUGUUCACGAGCGGCAGCAGCUUCUGUGGUCGAAGGUAAAGGUCGUUUUGAGAGAGCCAUUCGCUGAAUUCUGGGGUGUUGUCAUAAUGAUUCUGUUUGGUGAUGGAUCGGUUGCGCAGGUGCUGCUAUCCACGGGGCAGACGACGGCUCCUGGAGGGAAUGGGUUCGGCGCUUAUCAGAGUAUAUCCUGGGGCUGGGGCUUGGGCGUCAUGUUGGGCAUAUACGUCGCCGGCGACUCUGGCGCAUACCUCAAUCCCGCCAUUACCUUUUCCAACUGCUUGUACCGACAGCUUCCCUGGCGACGGUUCCCCAUGUACUUUAUCGCACAGGUACUCGGUGGCUUCGUCGGGUCUGGCAUAGUAUACGCGAACUACAUCAGCGCCAUCGACUGGUUUGAGGGCGGCCAUGGCAUAAGGACAGUCCCACCGGCACCCAAGGCUACAGCCGGUAUCUUUUGCACGUAUCCGCAGCCCUUCGUCACCAAGGCGAGCCAGUUCUUCUCCGAAUUCAUAGCAAGCACGAUUCUCAUGUUCGUCAUCUUCGCGUUGAAGGAUCCAAGUAACAACGGGGUUGGGAAGAGCGAUAAAUGGUUCCCGCUCGCCCUAUUCUUCCUCAUCUUUGGUCUAGGGGCGUGCUUUGGCUGGGAGACGGGUUACGCAAUCAAUCUCUGCAGGGACUUUGGCCCCCGGUUGAUGUCGUUUGCAGUUGGAUAUCCUUCGGAGGUGUGGAGUGCGGGCGGCUAUUACUUUUGGAUACCCAUGGUCGCCCCUUUCUGCGGUUGCGCCUUCGGAGGAUUCCUAUACGAUCUCUUCAUCUUUACGGGGCCAAGCCCAAUAAACACACCAUGGCUAGGCUUGAAGCAUCUCUUUUUUCCGCGCUACGCAUUGAAGGCGAGAAGGGAGCGUCAUCGGAAGGCAAAGGCAGAGGGGCUUGUGUGA